UCUGUUCCUUUUCAUAACUCGGAAGUGCACAGCUUGCUUUGUGCCAUCUAAAUCGAAAGAUGGCAAGCACUAGUUCUGCAGAAGGUGCACACCAGACCAACCCUGAAAAGGUCAAGCUGGUCACCGUUCUGAGCAUCGACGGUGGUGGUGUUAGAGGAAUCAUCCCGGCUAUCAUCCUUUCCUUCCUCGAAGAGAAGCUCCAAGAACUGGAUGGACCUGAUGCUAGGAUUGCUGACUACUUCGACGUUGUUGCCGGCACGAGCACCGGCGGUCUCUUGACGGCGAUGCUCACAGCCCCGGGCAAGAACGGACGGCCACUCUUCGACGCCAAGGAUUUGGCGCAGUUCUACAUCGACCACUCGCCCAAAAUCUUCCCACAGAAGAACUGGAUCCUGUCCAAGAUCUUUGGCACGUUGAGGAUGGUAAGGGGCCCCAAGUAUGAUGGCAAGUACCUUCACGCGCUGCUUCGUCAGUACCUUGGCGACUUGAGGUUGGACAAGGCGCUAACUAAUGUGAUCAUCCCAACCUUCGACAUCGCGUUCCUUCAACCCACGAUUUUCUCUAGCUUUGAGCUGAAGCAACGGCCGGACAAAAAUGCACUCCUGUCGGACAUCUCAAUCGGCACCUCCGCCGCUCCAACCUUCUUCCCGGCACACUACUUCGAGACGAAAGACGCGAACGGCAGUACCAGGGCCUUCAACCUCGUCGACGGAGGCCUCGCCGCUAACAAUCCCACGCUGUGUGCGAUGAACCAGGUGACAAAGGACAUCAUCCUUGGGGACGGCGACUUCUUCCCGGUGAAGCCGGUGGACUACGGCAAGUUCAUGGUGAUCUCCCUCGGCUGCGGAUCGAACCGGAAGAGCAGGUACAGCGCCAAGGCCGCGGCCAAGUGGGGCAUCUUCAACUGGCUCAUCAAGGACGGCACGGCCCCCAUCAUCGACAUGUUCAACGCCGCCAGCGGCGACAUGGUCGACAUCCACCUCUGCGUCCUCUUCAGGGCCCUGCGCUCCAGCCACAACUACCUGCGCAUUCAGUAUGAUCAGUUGACGGGCAGCGCGGGCUCCAUCGACGACUGCUCCAAGGAGAACGUGGACAAGCUGGUGAAGAUCGGGAAGGACCUUCUCAACAAGACCGUCUCCCGGGUGGACCUGGAGACCGGCUGGAACGUGGACGUUCCCGGCGAGGGCACCAACGCCGAGAAGCUCGCCAAGUUCGCGAAGCAGCUCUCCGCCGAGCGACGCCGGCGCCAGAAGCUUCCAAAGUAGAAUUAAAUCUGAUGGCACAGUUGACUGUGUUUUCAACGUUAUCUAGCUAGCCGCACGCGUUUCCAUGAUUUGUCGUCAUUUGCAUUCCAUUCCAUUCAUUUCCCCGUGUUGUCGUCACGUACCAGUUUGAUGUGUAUUGUAAAUAAGCUAAUAACGGGUUUAUUUUAUUUUACUUGUAAUAAAGCAAUUCUGGACGAACGUCUCGAAUGUUGUUUUGAAAGAUCUCAUCAUGCUUGUAUUUUUCAAA